AUGUCCACCGUGGAUAGUUACAGAGGUGUCAAGGAUCAGCACAGUCAUGAUAAUGAUGAACAUUCGGGCGAAAGCUUCAGCCGGCUGAUGCAGCGCGUCCAUUCAUUAGAAGAUCUGCUUAGGAAAUUGCGGUGGGAAAGAAGUGCAGAGACAAAAGAAGAAAUGGCGCAUUCACAUUUACAGUCAGAUGGGUUUCGGGUGCCUCUUCAUUACCCUAACUAUUCUAAGGCGGACUACGAAUCUAUGGAGGAAUGGAGGCUUGACUUUUUAUUUCAUUACUAUGGCUUGGAUGUCACGGGUGAUGUGGAAUACAAGAGAAAUUAUGCAAUUGGUGCCUUUCUCUGGCCCGAUCAGUGCACCUGA